AUGGCUGUAACCGCUGACCCAAUCAGCCCGCGACUGUCGCCGCACCUGACCGCCGCCUGCGCCCCGUCCUCAUCGACAGACGCUCCGACGCCCACGACACGCACGGGCGAAUCACCGCAGCUAUGGGCGACGCGCACUAGUGGCAUGGACGUGCGCUCACGGACAGCCAGCAGCCCGGUACGCACAUGGACAGAGCAGCAGCAACUCCUCAACGGCGCCAACAGCAGCAGCUUCGCGAACGGAGGAGGUAUCGACCGGGGCCGAAGCGACACGCCUCGACUGGAGAAUCCAGAAUCACCGCAGCAUAACCAGCGGCAGCAGCACACACCGCCGCCUCAGGACGACGAGCCUCAUCCUCCGCUGCCGUCGCCGCAGCUACAGCCGCAGACAAAGUCUCGAAGGGGAAGCUCCAGCGCCAAGGCUGGCUCUGUCGACAACAACGUCCAGCGCCUGCCCGCCUCGGAAAUCCAUGAGCUCAUGUCGUCGCCGCAAUCGCUACCGAUUGGUCCCGCGCCGCCCAGCACCCGUCCGUCGUUUGACCACGGCAAGUUUUCGCAGCAAAAAGAAGCUAUUCGCCAGUCGCUGCUCGCGCAGCCCGAGCUGCGCGCCUCCCGCGACGGCAGCCACCAUCACUACCACCACCCACACCAAAAUCAACACCUACACCAAUACCAACAUCAGCAUAACCAAGGCAAUGGGCUCAGUAUAUACGAAGGGCGCGGCGCGGAAGCCCGCUACCCACGCACCGAAAUACCGCGAUCCGGGUCUCCGCGUACAGUGUCUACUCCUCCUGUAGGCAGGGCCAAGACCUUUGACCUUCCGCCGUACUCAGCCGUCAUGCCCCGGCCGUCGGUGCCACAGCGUCCGCCGCUACCCAGUCUGCACAUGGACAACGACACAGGCGCGGAAAAGCAGCGCGUAAACGGCAUGCUGCCCUCACCCGCCAUCGGGGCCGCCCCGACAGCGGCGGUGCCGUGCGCCGCGGCGACGGAGCAUAGAGGACCGAAAAGCAGCCGCGCACCGUCACCGAUGCCGCCCAUGAUUCCACUGCCGCCCAUGUCGCUACCAACGCACCUGCAGCUCGAGCUUGCUGCACAGCGGCCGAGCCCCCUAUACAUUUACCACUCCCAUACGAGCGACAUCCCGUACGAAUCCAGCGCCGUCAAGUUUGAGCGCCUACGCAACGUCCUCCUCAUCCCGCCCUACCUCGAGAGAACGUUAUACUUUGGCGCACUCGCUUGUCUCGACGCCUGGCUCCACACAUUCACCAUAUUGCCGAUACGGUUCUUCAUGGCCAUUGGCGUGCUGGUACGCUGGUGGGCAUACAUUGUUUGCAAGGAAACGAGGUGGCUGCUGGGCUUUGUCCGGGACGGCAUCGGCCGCCUAUGGCGGCGAGGACGCGCGACUAGGGGCCGUACGGUCAGCGGAUCGACAACUGGGGACCGGUCGCGGAGUAUCAGUCUAGCAAGCGAAGCUGCCAGUGCGGUAGGCGCAGAUGGGCAAGGCGACGUGCCGCUCGGCACGGCGACGACGCUUCGGCGCACCUCAGCGCAGACUCGUGAGCAAGGCCCCGGCCCCAAUUCAGGCGUCUUUCGCCACCGACGAACAAAGUCCAUACCCUCCAACCUCUCCACCUACCACAAGGCCGAUCUACUGCAGGGCGCCGUCAUUCUCUGCAGCUCCUUUGUGCUGAUGAAGCUCGACGCCAGCCGCAUGUACCACUUUAUACGUGCGCAGUCGGCCAUCAAGCUCUAUGUCAUCUUCAACAUUCUCGAGGUGGGCGACCGCCUGCUCUCCGCCAUUGGCCAGGACAUUCUCGAGUGCCUCUUCAGCACCGAGACUCUGUCUAGGAACGCGUCGGGCCGCUCCAAGAUUCUGCUCCCGCUCGGCAUGUUCCUGCUCGCCCUCGCCUACAACUGCCUGCACUCGGUCGCGCUCUACUACCAGGUCAUCACGCUCAACGUGGCCGUCAACUCGUAUUCCAACGCGCUGCUGACGCUGCUCCUCUCCAACCAGUUUGUCGAGAUCAAGAGCACCGUCUUCAAGCGCUUCGAAAAGGACAACCUCUUCCAGCUCACCUGCGCCGAUAUUGUCGAGCGCUUCCACCUCUGGAUCAUGCUCCUAAUCAUCGCCAUGCGCAACAUUGUCGAGGUCGGUGGCUUCUCCGUGCCUGGCGCCGGCGUCGGUGAGACGGACGUUGACGGGAGCGGCGGCAGCGCGCCGCUGCACAACUCGUCCAUUCUGCCGCACAGCUUCACCGCGUUACCGUCAUGGAUGUGGUCCGGCGAGGUACUCUCGCCGUUUCUCAUCGUCGUCGGCAGUGAGAUGCUGGUCGACACCAUCAAGCAUGCCUACGUCACCAAGUUCAACAACAUUAAGCCGCACUUUUACUCGCGCACGCUCGACAUUCUCUGCAAGGACUACUACACCCAUGCCUUUACCAGUCCGUCCCUCACCCGCCGUCUCGGCCUCGCUGUUAUCCCGCUGUCGUGCCUCUUCAUCCGCGCCUCCGUCCAGACCUACCACAUGUUCCUCGCAACCUACCUCCCGAUGCCGCUGCCCGCCUCCACGCAGACAUCGCUCGCCGAGGAAUCCGCACGCCCCUCUUCGCCCGCCAUGAUGGCAGCGCUGAACCGCUUCGACGCGCUGAUCCGGGACUCGCUCGGCCGCGCCACCUACGGCAGCCCGCCGCCCCUCGGCGGCGCGCACCACCCCCACCACCACCAGCGGCCCUGGUACGCCUGGACCUCGGACGAUCUCGUCGCCGCCCUCACCAUGGUCGUCGUCUUCUUCAUCGCCUUCCUCGUGCUCCUCAUCCUCAAGCUGCUCCUCGGCAUGGCUCUCCUCAAGUACAGCCGCGCCCGCUACGCCGCCAUGAAGCACAAGGAGCUGCUCGUCGCCCGCGGCGCCAUCGAGCGUGACGACUACGACGCAAAGGGUAGGCGCGUCGGCGGCCACGGCGACGUCGAGCUCGGCGACGACCGCCAGCGCUGGAUUCACGCCGACAAGACCGAGGGCCUCAAGGGCGGCAAGGGCCCCGGCGGCAGGCGACCCGGCGAGGACAAGAAGCCGCCAGAGCCGGAUUAUAACGGCGUCUUUCGCUACGACAUGGUCAAUAAACGCAUCUGGUAG